GCCCCCUUCUCCUCAGCCUCUAUUCGCAGCAGCCGCUUUCUGAACACCAGCUGCAGUCAGAUCCGCCGCGCGCGCGCUCCAUGGCGACCGACGAGCUCGCGGAGAAGCUGCACCGCAGGCUGGACCUGCAGGAUCGCGCGCAGCCGCCCAGACAGCCGCGCGUGUUCAACCCGCACACCGAGUUUAAGGAGUUCAGCCGCAAGCAGAUCCGAGACAUGGAGCAGAUGUUCAAAAGGUUCGACUCCGGUAAGGACGGUUUCAUCGACCUGAUGGAGCUGAAGAUGAUGAUGGAGAAGCUGGGAGCUCCUCAGACUCACCUGGGCUUGAAGAACAUGAUCCGAGAGGUGGACGAGGACUACGACGGCAAGCUGAGUUUCAGAGAGUUCCUGCUGAUCUUCCACAGGGCUGCUGCGGGCGAGCUGCAGGAGGAGAGCGGUCUGAUGGCUCUCGCUCGCCUCUCAGAGAUCAACGUCUCGACGGAGGGCGUGCGAGGAGCGCGCGAGUUCUUCGAGGCCAAGGCUCAGGCUCUGUCUGUGCGCAGCAAGUUUGAGGAGGAGCUUCGUGAGGAGCAGGAGGAGAAGAAGAGGAUGGAGGAGGAACGGGAACAACGACGCGCUGCGUUUAAAGAGCUACAGUCUGCAUUCUGCUCCUAAACACACACACACACCACACUCUCUCUCUCUCUCACACACACACACACACACACACACACACACACACACACACACACACACACACACACACACACACUUGUCUUGCUAUGCUUGUGAGGAGCUCUAUAGAUUUCUAUUGAUUUUUGUAUUACUGUAGCUACAUAAUACUACUCCUACUCCUAAACCUAAGCAUAGUAUCCCAACCGAAACCUAACCCUGAUCUUCACCUCAGGCCCCAAACCUAAACCUAACUCCGACCUUAACCUCAGUAUCCAAAUCUAAACCUAACCCUAACAUUAACCUCAGUAUUCAAACCUAAACCUAACCCUAAACCCAAAUCUUACCCUGAUCUUAACCUCAAAACAUAACCCCAAAUAUAACCCUAAACCUAUCCUCAGUAUCCAAACCUAACCCUAGGCCUAAACAUAACCCUGACUUUAACCUGUAUCAAAACCUAAACCUGGUAAUCCUAAACCUAACCUUAACCUCAGCAUCCAAAGCGUGAUUUUUCUGCUCUUUUAGGUUUUCCCAAACAACGUAAUCUAUGGUGAAAACAACUAGUCCUCAAAAUGUUCUCACUUGAGCCGAAGUGUCAUGUGUUUGUAUCACUGUAAGGACCUGUAGUCCUCACAAGGAUAGCAAGACAAGCACACACACACACACACACAGAAGAGAAAAUUCAAAUAUUACCCAUAUUACACCAGAGCAUGCACUGCAGCCAAAACAGCGCUAACCAGCUUCCAAACGGUCAUCAUGCUGCACUCAUGUGCCACUUCAUCAGGUCCGCUCGGGCAGGACGAGUAGGAAUGGCUCCCAUUUAAAAAUCUAGACCGUUGUUCCUACAGGAGAACCCGCAUGUGUUUCUCAGGUCUGUGCCUGAACCCACUCUGUCUGUACACUCUUACAAACAGAUGGUUCUUCAAGGGUUCUUUGUUAAAGAAAAUGGCUCUGUGUAGAACCAUGAACUCUCAAAGGACCAUUUGUAUGCUUAAAUAGUUCCUUGCACGGUGAAAUGGUUCUUUAGAGAACAUGUUGUUCUAUGUAUAACCAAAAAGGGUCCUUCUAUUGUGACAACGUCAAGCUUAUAACAAUUGCAGAACCAUUUUUGGUGCUUCCUAGAACCAUAUACAACACAUUCUCCAUCAAUCUGAAGAAAUUCAGAAUUUCACCUUCGAAAUUCGGAAUUUCACCUUUGAAAUUCGGAAUUUCGCCUUCGAAAUUUCCUGAGUGUUCGUGGCUCUGCAUAGGAUCCCUGGGCCUCAUUCACUGACCGUUCUUAAGAAGAAAUUUCUUCUUAAAACCCACUUAAGCAGUUUUGAUGAAGAUUCUGACUCACCAGUGUUCUCUUAUUUGGGAUUUGUCAAGCGCACAAAGAGUGAGAGCCGUUCUGCGGUUCUGCGGAACUCCAACUGACCAUUGGUUGCCAUGGUUUCACUCGCCAACAGCAUCCUGUGGACACUUAGUGGAGAUACAUGAUAGGUGGACCUAAUGAAGUGGUCAGAUAUGUGUGUAUGGCUUCCAAUACAGGCAUACACACAAUAGGCAAGCGCAUUACACACACAGCCACAAACACUGUACCUCCUGAGGAUGUAAGCAGAAGCACAGCUGUACCUGAUGAACACGAUAAAGUGUCACUGUAACUGUAACUGUAGCUAAAGCAGCUCACACUCAUAGCUUUAACCGUGUGAGCCUAUUUUACUCAUUCUAUUUUUAAAGAAGUAUCCAGAUCUUUAAUGUAAAGUAAUUUAGUACACAAUUACAACAAAUAAUCAUCAAUAAUCAUAGAUGUAACCUUUAAGAGUCUGUAAAGUUGGAUUUGUGGAGCAAAUACUGAUUAUGACCAAUUAUUUUGUGAUAUGUAGGCUUAGAAAUGAAGGGAAAAUGUAGUCGGCCUGUAUUUUCUUGUUGUUUAGUUUGUUUUACAUUUGAUUUGAGCCGUGAUUUUCUUUUUAUUUAGUACUAUUUGAGUUUUUACGUUUGAUUUAAGUCCUUCACGUUUAAUGUUAGACUACCAAUGCUGCUGAAUUAUGUAAAAUCAUAAAAAUCCAAGAUUAAAUCAGUGUAUUUUUCAAAAACAAA